AUGCAAUUCAAAAAGUACAUCCCCGACUUCCUCCUGCCAACGGACGAGCCCGCGGCGCCGCCUAGGAUCUACGACAUCCCGCUGUCCCACAAGGCCCAGCCGGGCGCCGAGCAAGCCGUCGACGAGCACAGACGGAGCAGCGCCGGCUCUUCGGAACAAGGACAAGCACGCAGGACGAGUUGGCACCCCGGAAUGAUCUUCGGACGGUAA